GUCGUUCUCAAUGAAUUCCCUGAACUUUGAACCACAUCUGAGAAGUUAGAUAAACAAGGCAAGUAUAAAUACCAGAGAGCAGCAGCUGUUGAGGCUGUUUACUUCUGCAAAACAGAGAUAAGCAGAGCAGCCAAAGAAAGGGGGAAAGGGCUGAAGCCCAGCCAUGUGGGGAGGGCUGGGACUGGCCCUGGUUCUCUGUCUCCUCCCAGGAGGAGGGACAGAGAGCCAGGGUUCAAGUGCCCGUUGUAAGGAACCCCCAGAAUGGAAAAUCGGGGAACACAGUCCAAUGCUGAAUUCUAGGGGCUCAGUGACAGUGGUGGCACUCCUCCAAGCCAGCUGAUACUUGUGCCUGCUUCAGGCUUCCAGAUUGGAAGACCUGAGAGUGAAGUUAGAGGGUGAAGGAUUGGUCAAUAUCUCGUAUAUCGUGGUUAAUCAUCAAGGAAUCAAUUCUCAACAUAAAAUUCACACACUGAAGGAGAAAGUAUCAGAGAAUAUUACUGUAUUCCAGCAGGAUGAGAAACAACCUGAUAUCUGGACUACCUUAAAUGGAAACAAAGAUGAUUUUCUUAUCUAUGACAGGUGUGGCCGUCUGGUGUAUCAUCUUGGUCUGCCUUAUAGCUUCCUGACUUUCCCAUAUGUGGAAGACUCGAUUAAGAUUGCAUACUGUGAAUACACGUGUGGAAAUUGUUCUUUUAUGACCCCAGUUGUUGAAGAUAUUUGCAAAAACAUAAAUCAGACAACAGACAAAAAGCUGUCUGAAGAAGCUCCGAAGCCACACUAUCACCAUUCACAUCACCACAAUCAACACAGACAUCAACACAGGCACCAACACCAUGAAGGGGACCAGCUUUCAGAAGAUCAGAGUCAAAAUGAUUCUGCUGCAGCCACAAGACAUCAAUCCCCUCAGAGCAGUCAACGUAAUAACAGGGUUGUGGGUCGUAAUAGACAGGGUCAGAAAGAUAACCAACAAAAUGUAGAAACUGCCCCUCAAAGAGAAGUAGAGAAGGGUCCUACCCAGGUUAAGAGGCCUUGUAAAAAAGGAACUGCCAGCUGAAAAAAUCAGUUAACCUGAAACUGGCAGAAAGUGUCACAAUCAACUUCUAAUAGCUGAUGUUGACACUGACGUCACCUGUUGUUUGAAGAAUCAGGAAAUGCAGCCACCUGACAUUGUCGGGGAGAUCUUCCAUCUACCUGCAGGUGACAUGGCCAGCUGUUAGCAGAGAACAUCACUGAAUCUUGACAGUGACGUCUGCCCACAGCUGCUUGACAUCCACCAGCAGCAGGUGAGCGUGAAAUAUCUGACACCUGACAGUGAGAACCAAAAGCAGGAAACUGAGCAUGAGAAACAAACUAAACAUUUUAACAUCAGGAAAGAGCCCUUCAAUUUGAAUACAUUUAAUUGUAAUAUAACUCGUCAAAGCAAGCUUCAAAUUUUCAAAUUAAUAUCCUUGACAGGAAAUUGAGACGCAUAGAGAAAUUAAAAUAUAACACUGUAAACAAUUUGAUGUGUGUUACAAUCCCAUUAAUAGAGGGUUGUUUUCAUUUUAAAGUAAAAUUACCUAAAUUGUAGUUUGUUUUGUCCAUGCCAGUUGAAAGGUGUCUACAGUAUUUGGUUAAUUUGUCUUUCUUGUUUCUCUCCUAAUAUUCUGUUUGCAUUAGUGAAGACAGACGCAUAAACUAUAACCUAGGGGCUUCUGUUUGAUGUUUAGCAACCAAGAAUAGAAGAAAGCCAGAAAAGACAUUCUAAUCAUGUUUUAUUUCUGAAGAACAGGAAAAUAUUAAAAAGUUUAUUUUUUCUCGACUCAAAAAGGAGCUACAGA